UUGAAAACAUGAACUGCCUCGUAGCUUUUUUGUUAAUUAUUACUUUGUCUUUCAAAUUCAAUGAAGCUUUCAGAGAUUGCGAAAUACUAUUUCAAAACCAACUCGGUCCUGGUACAAAUCUCACAGUCAGUUGCGAAUCCAACAAGGAAGAUCGAAAAGAAGGGGCAGUGAAAUUCAAUGGUACUCCAGUUCGUAUUAAUUUUCGUGAGGCUGUAUUUGAGCGGACAUUAUGGUUUUGCUUAUUGCAACACGGGGCGUAUUCUCAAUACUAUAGAGCAUAUAGAGGAAGAAUUCCAAUUCCUCGAUUUGGUGAGAAACGUUUAUACAUUGCCAGACCUGAUGGGAUCUAUUUGUCAAAAAAUGCAAAUCCAGAAUUAUUCGACCAGCCUUGGAAAAAGAACUAAACUCGGUUACCCUUGAAAAAAAAACUAAUUUUAUGCUUUUUUGUUCUUUUUUUUUUUUUUUAAUUAUUUAUGAUUCAUGUUUAUGAAAGCUCAAGUUUUCUUUCAAGUUUGGU